AUGAAUCUUGAUUCAGCUUGUGGGGGUAGUUGCAUGGCGAAACCAUAUAGUGAAAUCCAACUCUUGCUGAAUAACUUCACUGCUAAUGACCAUAACUGGCAAGGAGAUGGGGAUUCACGCAAGGCAAGUAAACAGAAGGCAGCCGGGUUGAUUGAGCUUGAUGACUUCUCGGCCAUGAGAGCUGAUAUAGCGAAAUUGGCAAACCAGAGCAGGGGUCCAAUGAAUCAGAAUGCACAAUAUGGGAACACUUAUAACCUAAAUUGGAAGAAUCAUCCCAACUUCUCAUGGGGUGGAAAUCAGCCGAAUCAGAAUUAUUAUAGACCCCAAGGAAAUUUCAAUCAACCUCAGAAGCCACCUCAACAGGUAAAAGAGAAUGGGAAUGAUUUGUUGAAGCAGUUGUUGCUUGACAAUCAACAGCUCAGGACCGAUUUCAGAAAUUCGGAGCGCCAAAUGGGACAGCUUGCCAGUGCUCAAAACACUAGACCAGUUGGAGCUCUUCCAAGUGACACUAAAGCUAAUGCUAAGGCAUCCCUUAAUGCCGUGUCGUUGAGGAAUGGGAGACAAUUAGAAGAGGUUCAGCCGAAAAAGAGCAAACAGGUGUCUUUUGAGGAGAGGCCAGCCACUAUUGAAUCAACAUCAGAAAAAUCUAAGGAGUCUGAGAAGCCAGCUAGAGAGGCGGUGGCUGAGCAACCCCCACCAGUGGUUGCAAGGCCACCACCUCCGUUCCCUCAAAGAUUGCAGAAAGUAAAAGAUAACGCAGCAUAUAAAAAGUUUCUUGAUAUUUUAAAGCAGUACAUCAAGGACAUAGUGGCAAAUAAAAGGAGGCUGACCGAGUUCGAAACUGUGGCACUCACUGAGGAGUGUAGCUCAAAAAUUCAAAGCAAGCUACCUCAGAAAUUGAAGGACCCAAGUAGUUUCACUAUCCAAAUCUCGAUUGGUAAACAUGCAGUUGGGCGAGCCUUAUGUGAUCUUGGAGCGAGCAUCAAUUUGAUGCCACUAUCUGUGUUCAAACAAUUGGGGUUGGGUGAGCCACGUCCAACAACGGUAGUCUUACAGCUGGCUGAUCGCUCCCUUGCUCAUCCUGAAGGAGUGAUUGAAGAUGUGCUUGUUCAAGUGGGGUCUUUCAUAUUUCCUGCUGAUUUCAUUAUCCUGGACUACGAGCCCGAUCAUGAAGUCCCAAUUUAUUUUGGGGCAUCCAUUCUUAGCCACAGGCCGAGCUAUUAUUGA